GACUGUGGCCAUACUGGGGUACCACCUUCUAGAGUAUAGCCAAUUAUGUUGACCACAUUACAUAAAAUAUAAUGGCCUUGAUAAAAUGAAAGGCAAAAUGGACUCGGAUGUGAAUUUAGAAUAUAAAGAGGAGAGUAGCCAAAUAUCACAAGGUAUUUACUUUGACCAUUUACCAAAGCAGUCUGACCAUCUACCAAAGCAGUUUGACCAUCUAUCAAGGUGGUUUUCAAGUUGCACUCUACUAUUAUCAAGAUAUAUUUUAUUGCUAAAUAUUCCAAGCGGAUACCAAAACGUUGCUCACAUUUUCUGUUUUUGAUGAAGAUAUCUCCAUCGGUUGGUAUAUUCUAUAUCUCUAACAAACGGAACUUCAUAGGGAAGCCAUAAAAUGAAAAAUAGCAACAUAUGUCGCGAUAUUUCUGAAAGUAAAUCUUUGAAUUGUCAUUUAUUCUUCUGAUGCAGAACAUUGAAGUUAAUCUACAAAUAUUUGCCAAAUUCCUCACAUCAAUUGGUGAUGAUUUACUUAUUAUUUAUAGAUGAAUUUCUUGAAGUCAGAAUCUCAGAUGGAUUCACACAGAAUGCCAAGAUUUCAGAAUAAUCACUACAAAGAGAUGUCUUUAAAAAUCCUGUAAAAGGAAACGUUGUCAUGGAAACCCGAUAUUAUUCGUUAUAAUUCUUUCGUAAAAUCAAUAACCUUCACUAUAACAUCCCGUAUCUUUGAAAAGAAUGAUUGUUAUGAUUUAUAAUACUAAUAUUAGCAGCAGCAACAGCAACAACAAAUAUUAAUAGUAUAUCAAUGGCAUAAGUGAAGGAGAAACUCUUUGCGGAUUCAUUCAACAGCGGAAAGAAAGAUAGGUCGUCAGAGAAAAGAAAUUAGGGCGAAAAUAAAAGGCAAAAAGAGAGAAAACGACAAGAAUACUAACGAAAAUAGCAACAAAGAUCAUAACAAUAGCACCAAUAAUAGCAACAGUAAUAAAUGUUUUACACACAAAAACAAAAAUAAUAGCAAUAUUUAAAAAAUAUAGUUCACCCCAAAAAAUAAGAAAACGAAAAAAAUUUAAAAAAGAAUUACUACGAGGAUUAAAAGACGUGUGUACACGCGCGCGCGCACACACACACCUAUGCAUAUAUAAAUCUAUCUGCAACUGAAGACAAAGAAUAAAUAUGGAGAAUCUAUUAAAUUUAACUUCAUUCCUAGAAGAGGGAAAUGAUAUGAACAGUGUCACCGAAGACGGCAGAUUCGAAUUCGACGACGGAAAUGUUACAAGUAUACCGGAAGUUGUUCGAGAUGGCAACUUUUCUCGGAGGCUGGUCAUAGACAUUGGCAUUGAAUUAAGAAUAACAUUCCAUGCGCUCAUUUUUAUAUUAGCUGUGACCGGAAACUCAUUGGUUAUUACAGUUUUAGCAAAGAACAAAAGGAUGAGAACCGUUACCAAUGUAUUUCUAUUGAAUUUGGCUAUAAGCGACCUUCUAUUAGCCGUAUUCUGCAUACCGUUCACUUUGAUUCCAGUUAUCUUGAAGAACUUCAUCUUCGGUCCCGUUAUGUGUGUAUUGGUUCGUUAUUUACAAGCAACCAUCGUAGCUGUGAACUCUUUCACUCUGCUCGCCCUCUCACUGGAGCGCUAUUUCGCGAUUUGUCACCCACUCCGAUCACGACGCUGGCAGACCUUAUCCCAUGCUUACAAGAUCAUCCUGGGCGGAUGGUUGUCGGCGUUAUUUUUCACACUUCCGGUGGCCAUUUUCCAACAGUUGCGAACCAUGCGAAACGGCAAUAAACUUUGCAUCGAGAUUUGGCCAGACAAAACUUUGGGAAAAGUUUAUCAAAUAUUCUUGGAUAUUAUACUCUUCUUGUUACCGUUAAUGAUGAUGAUGGUUGCCUACAGUCUGAUAGCCAAGACACUCUCUGUCAAUUUUGACAAAGACUUGGCACUACCAACACAGCAAGGAAACAAAUCCAAAAGCAAGGCUAGAAAUGAACCAUCACAGCGGAAGCAAGAUUCUUCAUCAACUACUGAACUGACAAAUGCCAGUUCCAACAGCAUAAAUGAUAGUUAUUCUUCCGAAAAUCGGACUCAUCACAGUACAAGCCGCAGCGUCAGUUUCCAGAUCACUGAAAGCUUGUCAAUCCAACAAGUCCAACACGAACGCAGUCUGCAAAACAAGAAAAGGGUUAUAAAGAUGCUGUUUGUUGUUGUCUUGGAAUUCUUCAUAUGUUGGACACCAUUGUUUACCAUUAUGACUUGGGAAUACUUAGAUCGCCGAACUUUAAGCCGCCACCUCAGUGGUAUGGCAAAAUCGUACAUCCAACUGUUGGCCUACACCUCUUCUUGUUGCAAUCCAAUCACCUACUGCUUCAUGAACAGCCGUUUCCGUCAGAGUUUCAUAUCAGCUUUCCAGUGCCGUUACAUACGGGUCCAUAAUUAUAAGUCUAGAACGUCUAUGGGUCUAGACGUUUCCACCACGUGUUGAUAUGGGAUUGUAUGAAAGAGAAACAUCGAGGGAAACACACCGAGGGGAGAAAAUUAAAAAAGAAAAAUAUCAACGUGGAUUCAGACGGAUGACCUGAUGAACAGCCAAAAAUCUCGAAUUGUUGGAAGCGAAAAAAAGAGAGAGAUGAAGGAAAAACGAAAUAUUUGCCGACAGCGGCAUCUACAUCAAUAUCUCAUUCAUACAGAAAAGAACAACGAGACAUACAUUAUAUAUAUAUAUAUACAUGAAUACAUAUGCAUAUAUAUAUAUACAUACAUGCAUAUAUGCACACACACACGCACAUAUACAUGCACACAUACAUACACACAUAUACAUAUAUGCAUGCAUUGAUGCAUACAUAGAUAUUCCACAUGCAUAUAUGCAUGCAUUGAUGCAUACAUAGAUAUUCCACAUGCAUAUAUGUAUGCAUCAAUACACACAUACAAAUGUAUAUAU